AUGUUUAUACAAAAUGAUUCCAAUUUUUUCAUUAAACCAAAUGCCAUGGUUAAAUUCUUUAAAUAGGCUAAGCCUAAGACAGUCGAAACCGAUAGAAAGAGAACUAACUAUAUUCCAACUAAGAAAACACAAUAAAUGAACAUUUUGCAUUUCUCAAAACCUAUGCUAUUAUUAUCAGUACCUGAAGAUGCCAACACAAUGAGGAAUCACAAUUACACUUGUAGAAGUAGUACAGGAUGUGCAAGAACUCCAAACAGAAAGAGAAAUUUGAUCACUUCUCCCAAGGAAUCUCGUCUCGGUUAUAAAAUAUUACAUUACUAAGAAUAAGAAGUGCCAUAUGAAAUACACAGUCAAAUGCCCAUAUCAUAGAUAAAUCCAAAAUUUAUUAUAUAGCAGAAAUAAGGUGGUGCCAUUAAUAGGCUUCCCAAUUUCAAAUUACAAUUGUUCAAUCAAUUACCAGGCUUAAGAUAAUAGUUGGAAUCAUGCUGA